GUUGUUGAGUGCAGAACAGAAACUCAUUGGCACUGGAGGGAGCCACCAAAUCAACCAAAAACUUUCAGGUCACCAAAACAGUCGAGGAGGGGCCUACUGCAACUGUAUAUCCGGUGAGAGAGAUAGAAAGAGAGAAAGGACACACACAACUCUCACAGGAAUCUAUUCCAUAAAAGAAAAGGAUAACAUGUCCAAAGUCUAGAAUCCCAAAACUCUCCUCCUUUUUUCUCAAGAACCAAACACCAUUUUUAGCCUAACGACCUGUCUCUGUCUCCCCUCUCUGGUUUUUCUACUUUGGAGUUGUUUCCACUCUGCAGUCUAGAGGUAUUAAUUAUAUAACGUUUACAAAUAUUUUCUCGUUAAAUUCGUCCUUUCUUUGUGCAUUAACUGUUUAUCUUUAUUUAUCAAAACUUUGCGAAUCUCAUGAUGUUUCAGAUGGAUAGAUAGAUAUAGAGUAAAAAAUGCAUGGUUUUAAGCUCCUUGAUAGAUUCAAGAGCACCCAAGUCCAUGCUUUAAGCCCCCAAGAUAGUAACCCCUGUUCAAGAGGCAAACUUUCGAAAUGUAAAUUUACAAACACUGGCUCAGUAGCUCAAGCUUUGCUCCCUUGUGGACUCCCAACAACUGAGCUCCUUGAACCUUCUAUAGACUCUUACUUGAAACCUAUAGACUAUGUGGAAUCUUUAGCUGAAAUUUAUAGACGCCUAAAUACCUGCUCGCAAACCGAUAAAUCAUUAUUAUGCAUCGAGCAGUUUUCGAUUUUGCGAGGAUUAGGUGAUCCUAAGUUGCUUAGAAGGUGCCUUUGCGCAGCAAGGCAAUAUGCUAUUGAUGUGCACUCAAAGGUAGUGCUUUCUGCCUGGUUAAGGUUUGAGAGGAGAGAAGACGAGUUCAUUGGUGUGUCAUCAAAGGAUUGUAGUGGGUACAUCCUUGAAUGUCCUAUGGCUGCUUUGGUUUCUGGAUACGAUCCCAAUUCGAUUUAUGAUCAUUGCCAAUGCGGUCAAGAUAAUCUCGAGGCGGUUGAUAAUCAAAUAUUGAUAGGAAAUGAAGGCUCCAGUUUGGAGGAGGAUAGUGAUGUUUCAUUUUGCAUUGGUGAUGAGUUGGUUCAUUGUGUUAGAUUCAAAAUUGCUUCUCUUUCGAGCCCAUUUAAGGCAAUGCUAUAUGGUAGCUUUGUCGAGUCAAGAAGAGAUAAGAUUGAUUUUUCGAAGAUUGGGAUAUCUGUCAAGGGGAUGAGAGCUGUGCAAGUGUACAGUAGGACUGGGAGAGUUGAUUUAUUUUGCCCUGAGAUUGUUUUGGAGUUGCUUUCUUUUGCAAACAGGUUUUGUUGCGAGGAGUUGAAGUGUGCUUGUGAUGCUCAUUUGGCUUCAUUGGUCUGUGGGACUGAGGAUGCGUUGAUUCUUAUCGAUCAUGGCUUGGAGGAAAGGGCAAAUCUUCUCGUAGCCUCUUGUUUGCAGGUGUUUCUAAGAGAGCUCCCAAAUUCUUUGUAUAACCACAAAGUGAUGAGUGUUUUUUGUAAUUCAGAGGCAAGGGAGAGAUUGGCCAUGCUGGGGCAUGCUUCCUUCUUGCUCUAUUAUUUCCUGAGCCAGGUUGCCAUGGAGGAGAAUAUGGCAUCAAACGCAGCAGUGAUGUUAUUGGAGGGGUUGGAAGAGUUUGCAACAGAAAAGUGGCAGAAGGCACUUACUUUGCAUCAACUGGGUUGCGUAAUGCUCGAGAGAAAAGAGUACAAGGGUGCCCAAUUCUAUUUUGAGGCAGCUGUCGAGGCAGGUCACGUUUAUUCAUUAGCAGGUGUUGCAAGGACCAAGUACAAACAAGGGCAACAAUAUUCGGCAUUUAGGUUGAUGAACUCUCUUAUUUUCAAGCAUAAACCAGUUGGGUGGAUGUACCAAGAGCGAUCUCUGUAUGGUGUUGGACAGGAGAAGAUAAUGGAUAUGAAUACUGCAACUGAACUGGAUCCAACCCUUUCAUUUCCAUACAAAUUCAGAGCUGUUAUGAAGGUGGAAGAGAAGCAGAUUAGAGCAGCUAUCACAGAGAUUGAUAAAAUUAUCGGCUUCAAGCUCUCACCUGAUUGUCUUGAGUUGAGAGCGUGGUUCUUCAUUGCUCUUGAGGAUUUUGAAAGUGCUUUGAGAGAUAUUCGAGCACUGCUAACCUUGGAACCAAAGUACAUGAUGUUUCAUGGGAGGGUGAGUGGAGAUCACUUGGUUGAGCUUCUCAGCCAUCGCAUUCGGCUAUGGAGUCUGGCCGACUGCUGGAUGCAACUUUAUGAACGAUGGUCUUCUGUCGAUGACAUUGGCUCUCUGGCUGUCUUACAUCAGAUGCUGUCAAAUGAUCCUGCAAAGAGCCUACUGUGGUUUCGGCAAUCUUUGCUUCUUUUGCGGUUAAAUUGUCAGAAGGCUGCAAUGCGCUGUUUGCGGUUGGCUAGAAACCAUACCAGUUCUGUGCACGAAAGGCUGAUAUAUGAAGGAUGGCUUUUAUUCGACUCUGGCCAUCGUGAAGAAGCUCUCUCUAGGGCUGAGAAAUCCAUUUCGAUCCAAAGGUCAUUUGAAGCUUUCUUCCUUAUGGCAUAUACAUUAGCUGAUACGAAUCUGGAUCCUGAAUCUUCAUCUACUGUCAUCCAACUUCUGGAGGAAGCUCUUAGAUGCCCUUCAGAUGGUCUUAGGAAAGGACAAGCAUUGAAUAAUUUAGGAAGUAUUUAUGUGGAUUGUGGUAAGCUGGAUCAGGCUGCAGACUGCUACAUGAAUGCCCUCAACAUCAAACAUACAAGAGCCCAUCAAGGUCUAGCGCGUGUCUAUCAUUUAAAAAAUCAACGAAAAGCUGCAUUUGAUGAGAUGACCAAGUUAAUAGAGAAGGCACAUGGUAGUGCAUCAGCAUAUGAGAAACGAUCAGAAUACUGUGACCGUGAGAAGGCAAAAGAUGACCUUAAUAUGGCAACACAACUGGAUCCUCUAAGAACAUACCCAUACAGAUACAGGGCAGCAGUGCUAAUGGAUGACCAAAAGGAAACUGAAGCUUUAGAAGAGCUUACUAAGGCCAUAGCUUUCAAGCCUGAGUUGCAAAUGCUCCAUCUUCGAGCGGCAUUUUAUGAAUCAAUGGGAGACAAAACCUCUGCUCGUCAAGAUUGUGAGGCAGCUCUCUGCCUGGACCAAAACCACACGGACACACUUAAUCUGUACAAUAGAACACAGGACCAAGCUACAAGAAGCAUUUAAGUUACACCAAUGUCAUUGAUGUAGAAUGGGGACUUCAACAAUAAUCAAGGGGGACAGCCAUGCCGGUCAUUUUUUUUUAUUAUUGGAAAUCAUGGUCUAUCAGGCAUCCAGGGACAAAUUCAUCCCAUCAAUGAGAAGGACAGACCGCGUCAAGGAGCAAUAAUGAGCUCAUUUGUACAUAUAUGAUAUAUCUUUAUGGUAUUGAUGAUGGAUCUAGAAAAGCGUGUUGCCCACGGCCCAUGGACAAUGUCACUAGCAGAUAGUUAUGUACAGCCAUGGCCACAUGAUCAGUAAGCGGAAUGGGAUUGAGGCCGAAAGGGUUUUGCUGCAACUUCUUGCCAUUGUUUCUCUAGAAUGGUAUAGGUUUCACAAUUUGUAUCUCGUUAGAAACGGGAUUUUUUGGCCCCCUCAUGAGCUCGUCAUGUACAAGAACAAAAGUCAGGAAGGAAUUUAAAUCUCUUUUGUUGUA